AUGAAUAUCUCGCUCUUCUCGCUGACGCCUGCUGACGCCGCGGCGACUGCGCCCGUUCUGUACGAACAGUCGCUUACUGUUUUGGCUGCCGGCGCCUUCUCUCCCCGGAAUACGCGAGGCAUACCAUCAUCACCGUGGACCAGCGCCAGCCAAGACGCACGCGGCUAUUUACGCCGUUCAUACGGGUUGAACGCGGCGGGAACCAUCAUAGUUCGCUCCAAGCUUUCAGCCUGCCAGCAUCAAAAGGCGACCAUCGACGAGUACUCGUCGUACGAUCAACAGCAUGCAUGCAGAGUACGUAGACUGGCGACGAAGGAAGGCCAUCCAUACACUCCCGUACAGCACGUCGAGGGAGAUUGUUCCGCUCUCUCUGGGAUCCUCAGUACGGGAAGCGAUGAAACGGGGUUAUCUCGAUGA